AUGUUGAUGUCGAUAUUUUUAGAAGCGGUUGAACUGGUUGAUGUAAAGAACCGUCUACCAGACUUCCAUGUGAGACCUGGAAUGUCCAAGUGGAAGGUAAUGAGCCAAGGACUAGUGUUCUAUGAUACAUUUGAUUCAAGCCCCCUGUGGUUCCAAAAGGAAAACGAAGAUUCACUGUUUGCCCCAACAGAGGAAGAGGCUAGCAUAUUAAAUCUUGAAAGAUGUCUGAGAGUGAUGCCACACGAUAAUGAUACUGGUGGAUUCUUUGUUGCUGUCUUUACUAAGUGGGGACCAUGUCCUUGGCAGAAACAAGAAGAAGAGGCAAUGGAAACUGAAGCUGCUGUAAAACAAGAAGCGAAUGAUGAUGAAAAGAAACCUGAUGCUACAGGUGAUGGAGCAGAAAAGAAAAAGAAGUGCCCAUACACAUUACCAAUCCGUGUAGAUGUGAAUGUUUGUUGUUCAGAAAUUGAAUGGGUUACUGAAGUUACAGAUGAAUCUUUGAAAUCGACCGAAACUUCUGAAACAAGUCAGUUUGAUUUGUCUCCAAUGAAGAUUUCAAAAUCUUGCAUACCAAAUUGGUUACAGAAGAAACUUCAGGAGCAAGCUUGUCGUUAUGAGGAGGUCAAACCCACCGAUUCUGAAUGGGUCACAUACAGAGAUAUGUUUGAUCUGAAGAAAGUUAAUCCACUACCCAACAUGUUGAAGUAUGUGCAGGAUGGCAAAUAUACUCUGUUCUACUUCUAUAACCAAAGUGUCAAAGCUCUCAUUCGAUUCAACUCAGAUGUUGCUAGAAAGAGCAAAGCUCAAUGUGGGGGUAUGUUAAUGAUGAGAUGUGCUGAGGGUGGCAAAACAGAUGUUAAGAGUACGAUGCCAGUGAUUCAGUUCAUGAACAAACGUCUAAUCAGUGUGACGAGGGUCGAUCUCGUACAUAUGCUUGAAAACAAGGAAGUUGUCAUCAAAGACUUGUCUGACAAACUUCAGAAGGAGUUAGAACCUAUUCCAGCGAAUGGCCCAGUGUAUUUCAUCUAUGAACCUAAAGGAAAGAAUGCCGAUCCAAAGUGCGCAAUAGUAAUCUGGCGUGACAAGUUCCCUCUAUUCUUGAAGGAUGAGUUUUACACCAGAUCCGAACGUCAACAUUGUCUCCGUCUGUGUGGAGUUGAUCCUGACAUUGUUGAAGCUGAGGAAGAAGAAGAGGCCAUGGAAUAAGUUUGUUGUCCUCGAGGCUAUUACCUUCAUAAUGUACGGAGUAUAUGGCAAGGUGUAUUCCUCACGUCACAGAUCAAAUCAACAUUCUGCUAAAAACUUAAGAUUCAUGAGACAAGAUUCAAUUUACUUACAUUCUGACUUACUUGUAAAAUUUUGUUACUUGGUGUUUUCAAGUGUGUUUUUUAUUUUCUUUUUAAUAUUAGUGAAGAUAAAAUACAGAUCAUUAAAAUGAUCAAAUAAGUAAGUGAUAAGAUACCAUUCUCGUUAAAGGUGACUUGAGAAAUCAAAUUUCUUGAACUUUGAAUUUUUCACCUUUGUUGAACAAAUACUUGUGUGUAAAAAUGAAAAUUUUAAUACUGAUUUUUGUGUUUCAAUAUUGUUAACAUUCAUUUUAUCAUGAGGAAAUUUAAAGCUAUAGAACAUAAAUUCUUAAAUUUUAUUGUGUUAUUUCUCUUUGAAUUUCAAGAAUCAUUGUAUCAUUACAUUUUUUAUAUCAUCAUCAUUUCUCUGUAAUUUCAUGUAGUUUUGUACACUCUGGUCUGUAAACAAUAAAGUCAGUGUCCAUCAGAA